AUGGCCGACGUCCGCUCCCUCCUCCGCCAACAGCGCGCGGCCCGGCGCAUAGACCACCCCAACGCCGCCUACACCGACUCGGGCAAGCUUCUCUGCACCCUCUGCCGCGAGAACGUCAAGGCCGAGGGCCUCUGGGAGGGCCACCUGGCGGGCGAGGGUCACAGGAAGCGAGCUGCUGCUCAGCGGCAACAACAACAACAACAGCAGCAGCAGGGACCACACGCGGACGACGGAGACGACGGCGACGGUAAGCUGCAGGAGCAAGCCGCAGCUCAGACGCAUCCGCCGUCGCAGAAGAGGAAAUUGGACGCCGCUCUCGCCGACGACGGCGACGACGACGGCGACAUGGUGAUGGACGACGCCGUGCGGAGGAAACGCAGCAGGCCAGACAUCUCCGCCCUCGGAAGCAUUAGUGAAGACGGACACGACCUGGCAACGGCAGUGACGCCCGUGGGGCGCAAGGGCAGCAGCGGUAGCAGCGGCGGCGUCAAGGACGCCAACCUCACGCCGCCCACGCUCGCCCGUCGCCUGUCCACGACGCCCUCGCAAGGCGUCGAGCUGCAGAUUCCCUCCCGGCCGGCCACGCCCUCGCGCCGCGACGGCUCCGGCUCCAUCUCGACGCCGGGCUCCAACGGCGGACUCUCCUCCGUCGCGGCAUCGCAGCCUGCCGCCACUGGGACGUCCCUCCCCUCGCGGCGCGCGAGCGGCCUCGCCGCGACGCUCGACUUCUCCACUGCCGCAACCGACGCAGACCUCCCGAGCUCCACGGCACCUCAAGUUGACGAAUCCGAGUGGGCCGCCUUCGAGGCCGACAUCGCCGCCGCCGAGGAACAGCAACCGCCCGCCUCCGCGUCCUACUCCGCCGACGCCGUCAUCUCCGCGCCCGCCAUGACCGCCGAGGAAUCCGCCGCAGCCGCCGCAGCCGCAGCCGCCGCCGCAGAAGGGGAAGGCGAAGGCUCCCGCAGGACAAAGGCGGACCGCGACAUCGAAGACGAGCGCGAGGAGGCGACGCGCGCCAUGGAGGACGAGUUCGAGGAGAUGCAGGAGCUCGAGCAGCGCGUCCGCCGGCUCAAGGAGCGGAGGGACGCGCUUCUGCGCAAGCGGAGCGAGAGCCAGGGCCAGGAAGCCGCCGUCGCCGCCGCCGCUGCCACGGCGUCAGUUUCCAAGGGCAAGUCGGGCAAGGAGAACCUCCAGGGAUCGGCCGUGGUCGAAGACGACGAGGAUGAAGAAGAGGAGGAUGACGAGGACGAUGACUGGGACGGCUUCCGGUUCCGCACGUCGUAG